AUGGUAAACCCUCUCCAGACUUUCAUUGACACAAUAUCCAAUGUGAUCGAUGCAAACUGUUGCCGUCGUCGUGCCCAUGAUCAGAAUGUGGUGGAGGCGACCAGCAACACGAACAGCGCUACUUUUCUUCUUGAACGGCGAGUUCGUGAACUUGAGAUUCAACACCAAACUUAUGAACGCAUCAUAGCAUCAGGUGUUGUUCACAUCGACCAUGACCCUAGCCAUUAUCUCCCAGUGCUUCUUUCUCGUGAACAAGUACAAGCCCUCCUCAGUGAGCACUAUGAACUACCUAGAUAUGGGCGCAUACUCUUAGCGGUUAUGGAUCCUGACGAGAUCGAGGUGACCGAUGAGAUGUGGCGCAGUUUGCGUGCGGCUUACCUUCCCCACUGGAAUGAGUUAGAUGGCUUUGAUGAUGUCAAGAAGUUCGUUCCAAAACUGUUCGCCAGCUUAUUCCCCGUUCUUCACUUCCGUCUUACAGAUCUUCCACCUGAUCUUGACAUGUAUCUCGGGAUGAGAAACUUGGUAGGUUUUGACCAGCACGUCAUGUAUGAGCUCAUCACCCACAUCGAAGAAGAAGUCAAACCAGAUCUACCGAUGGAAGGGAGUUAUGUCAAAAUCACGAAGAUUGCAAACGAGUUCUUCAAGCGGAAGCCCGUCAUUCCAGUAAAGUACCGAGACACAGUGCUCUUCGAGGUCAACUUUUACGAACAUCGCCCUUGGACGUUUCGUGAAAUUACUGAGAAAGCUUGUGAACAUCUUGCAGCCUCCCUCCCGAACGCAGGUGAGAACGUUUUCAAUCCGGACUUCUUGUACCUGAAGGAUUCCCUCUCAGGUUCAGGGUUUCCUCAGGACAUGUAUUUGCCCGAAGCGAUUGAUCGCUUGGACUUUGGUCAUGAGUUUUGCUUCGUUUUGGAGGAAACUUUGCGAUGCUCUGUGAUCAUCAAGGACCUGUGUAUUCAAGUUCCUCCACUUCGCCUCAAUAGAGUCGAGACGGACUGGAGCAUUGAACUCGUGGUGCAAGAAGCUCUUCGGACGGCCGACUUUCCUUAUUCCGCGGGCGAUGUCGACAAGUUUCGCGUUGAGUUGAACGGCUGUCCCAUUCAGAUGGGAGACUUCGUAAUCGAUCUCGACUACUCUCCUGAGAUGACCUUCGAGAUUAUCAGAAUCACCAAACCAUGCUUUCUCAGAGUGACCGUUGCCAAUAUGGAGCAGCGCACCUUUGAGAUGGCAUCGGCUACCCCUUCUUGGAGUGUGCGUCGGCUCAAGGAAGCGGGGUUGCACAGAUUCUUCCAUGGAAACUGGGAUCGUCGCAGUGAAAGCCCAAAUUUCAUGAUACAUCUUCGACGCACCGGUGCUGUGAUUGAGGACGAGUUGGUGAAGUUGGAUGCCUUGGACUACACGAAGGACGACACCUUUGAGAUCACAGCUCGUCAACUCGGUGGAGGCAGAAAGCGCACGCAUGCUGAGAUGGAGGAUGUGAUUGGCACUGCCAUGAGUGCAGUUAGCCCAAGCAAUCCGUUUGCUACAACACUGCGUUCACUCAUCCAAGAUGUGAAUACCAACGGCAAUGUCAUCACAAAUCUUGUAGGGCAACUCGGGGCUGAGCAGACCGAUGCAUUGGAUGCUGCUUGGAAUGAGCUCUCACAGAAUGAUGUCGGCAAGAUCGUUGAUAAGAUUUGGCCGUUCUUGCGUUCAGACUUCUUGGCCAUCUACACGCAGGAGCAACACAUCAAGCAAGCCAAGCGCGUGAUCACACUCUUGCUUGAGAAGGCCUACGUCAGGGAGUUCAGUGAGGGUGGCAACAUCUUGCAUCGGCGCGUGACGCAUCUCAUCCAGAACCGCUAUGAUGAGUUGCAUGCGCAAAUUCGAGAACAUCAGAUUGAGAAUGAGGUUCAGCGACGAGUUGCUGAACUAGUCCGGCACCAAAGCAGUGCCUUGCCACCUGCUGCUAUGGAUACUGCAGAUGACCCAAGCCUCUAA